AUGGUUGGCGUUCCCUAUAGCAAGGGCUGUUUGCUCUGUCGCGAACGACGCAUCGCGUGUGAUCAGACUCAUCCGCAGUGUAUGCAAUGUUGCAGAUACGGCGUUGAAUGCCCUGGUUACAAGCGUUCCUGGCAAUUCAAGGAUGAGGGACCCCGUCUCCAGAAGCGGUAUCAAAAGAAGUGUUCAAACGUUAGGACCCGUUCCGAGGCUAUCAACAGCAAUGGAAUCUUUACAAAGUUUUCGAUCGAUGAGCGUGUUCAUCCGGCUUUGGUCCGUCAAUCCUUUAUCAGCCAGCAGCCACAGGUGUUCAAAGAGUUUAUCUGCGCUGCCUUCCCAACGAUGUUUUGGCAUAAUGAAUUCCGCUUUGGUACCGGCUUUAACUUCGCAGAGUGCGUUGUGAAGCACUUUGGUUUCAAGCAAUAUCACGAUGCAGCAGUCUCGUGUCUUUCAGCAGAAUACCUCGGCCAUCUCACCGGGGACCCCAGACUCCACCAAUUCAGCCGACAGGAGUAUUCAAAGGCUUUAGGGGCAAUCAGGCGAGCACUAAAUUCGGAUGAGGCAUUGUCGGAUUCUCUGCUUCUUGCGGUUAUUCUUCUCGCUAUCUACGAGAUGAAUACGCGGACUACUCGAGACGCUUGGGUCUACCACUCGAGGGCGGUAAAGCAACUAUUCCUGAGGCGUGGGAUGAGUUUCUGUCUAUCUGGGGUUGGACGCGUCUGCCAUUUUGCGUACAGGCCAUUUCUUAUCGCCGCUGCACUCUACGAAGGUGAGCCAUGUUUUCUUGCCGACGAUAACUGGCAGAACCUCGCAGCUCUCCUCCGAAUGGAAGACUCCCAGAAGCAGAGCGAGUGGGCGUUCUACAUCAACGUCUACGAAACGAUUUUCAUGGAGCUGGUCAAAUGUCCUGGAUACAUUAAAGAGGCACGGGAAAUCGUCUCCGUGACCUCUCCCAAGGCCAGGCUUCUAGCACAGCGGAUUUAUAUAGCCAGCAACCGGCUUCGGGCAUUAAGUGACGAGUUACGAUCACUACUUGCGUCCCACAACCAGCGGAAGGAAGGAAUCAUUUUCCGUAGUUUUGUCGGGCCGGAGCCAAACGCUUUUCCCGAAACCAGCCCGUCACUUCUUCUCCGUGCCGCUGUCACUGCUACCAGCAUCCUCGAAGAACUCUUCAUCCGAUUAACUACGCCUGCUUAUGUCAAGGAAGAGUCUGUAUCCAGUCGUGGCACGCCAUCUUCCUUGUCAACUCCGCAAAGUGUCAGCGUGGCUGCUGGUGGCGGUCCGCUUCUUGAUUUUCGUUUCACCUUCGAACUUGGAGGGGGCACUAAAAAGGAUAACCCGUGCGCCUUUACCUGGCUUGACCGGGUCGCGGGGUCAAUGGGGCUCUUGGGAGCAGAGAUUACUUACGAGGAUGCAGUUGAUGUGGAGUAG